AUCCGCAGGUGGUCGAUUUAGAUUUUCUUUUCGUCGUCGUUUGUCCUCGGCAGCAGAUUUUCUUUUCGUCUCAAAUGUGUGUAUAUAUAAUAUAUAUGGCUCCUUUUGUCUCGAAAUGCAAUGGAUGCGCCCAGAUAAUAUUCCUGGAGUCGGCAGUUACAAUCUGUUAGGUGAUCAUCAUGGUCCUAUUAAAGACUUGGAACUGAACAGAACAAGAUCCCUUAACGGAUUAGAGCAAAGUGGAAGGACAUAUAAAGACAUAGGGUACAGACUCCCAGACAACAUUGAAAUGCAUAGGAAACUAAAAGAAGCGCAGGAUCAAAUCAAAAGCUUGGACAUUCUCCUCACGGGGGCCAACAAACAAAAGGAUAUGUUUGAAAAAAUUUAUAAAGUCUUGGAACAGAAGUUGUCUUUAGGUGAACAAAAUCUGAAAGAGCUAGAAAGUGAAAAGAACAAAUUAAACAAAGCCAUUUCAGAAUUGCAGAAGGAAAAUACAGAUUUGGAAAGCAAAAGAGCCAGCGCUGAACAUGAGAGCCAUGCUAUUUCUGCUCAGCUGGAAAAGGAAAAGAACACUGUAAAGAAUCUACAGAAAGAAUGCUCGUCACUUCAGUCUUAUGUCUGUAAACUUCAGAAUGAGGUGAAAGAACUAGAAUCUGAGAAAAUCAAAUUAGCCAAAAUCAUUUCAAAGUUGGAAAACACUAAAGCUAAUUUGGAGAAAGAUAGGGAUGCCAUCUCUUCUUGUUUGAAUGAGGAAAAAGAAAGGUAUAAGAAAGAAUGUGCCACUUUGAUGUCAACAAUAACACAGUUGCAAAGGGAGGGGAAAAUCUAUGAUGAGGAAAACAAUCAAAUGGACAGAACAAUCCAAGAGCUAGUGACAAUGAAUGCCAGUCUAGAGAAAACUAAAGAUAUCAUUGCUACUCAGCUUGAAGCCGAGAGAGAAAGAGACUUUAGAAUUGGGAAAGAAAUUAGAAAAUACUGA